UGACAGCAGAAGAUAAAAGAAUAAGUAAGAGAGAAAGUGGGAAAGAGCGUGAUGUCUUUUUAUCUUCUCCCUUUCACAAAGAUGAGGUGCCUUCUGCUGGAGCUGACGUCUCUUCUGCUACUGGGAACUAUAUUUGCGCAACGCCAAGUCACAGUUCAAGAAGGCCCACUAUACCGCACGGAAAACUCCCACAUCACCAUUUGGUGCAAUGUCAGCGAUUACCAAGGACCAUCAGAACAAAAUUUCCAGUGGUCCAUAUAUCUCCCAUCCCUCCCAGAAAGGGAGGUGCAAAUUGUCAGCACCAUGGACCCGUCCUUCCCUUAUGCUAUUUACACCCAGCGUGUCAGAAGUGGGGAAAUCUACGUAGAGAAGAUCCAAGGGGAUUCUGCUCUGCUGCACAUCGCAGAGCUCCAGGACAGGGACACUGGUGUGUACGAAUGUCACACACCCACCACUGAUGAAAGAUACUUCGGGAGUUACAGUGCCAAGAUGAAGCUAAUAGUCAUUCCUGAUUCUCUGCGGGUGACCUCAGAGGCCCAGACCCUAAAUAAAGUGCAGCAUGAUUCUCUGGAGCUGAAAUGUGAGAUAUCCAAGGCUACUGUACAGCACAGCCACAUUUCCAUCGCCUGGUACCGGAAAAAAGCAGACGAGCCAGCUGUGGAGGUGAUCUCCCUCAGUCGAGAUUUUGUGUUGCACGCUGGAAGUGAGUACAGCCAGCGGCACGCCAGUGGAGACAUCCGCCUGGAUAAAAUAGGCCAGACUCUGUCCAAGCUUACAGUCUACAACCUGCAGUCCUCUGAUGAGGGCGAGUUUUACUGCGAGGCAGCGGAGUGGAUUCAGGACCCUGACGGCACUUGGUACGCAAUGACCCGCAAGCGCUCAGAGGGCACCAUGGUCUAUGUGGAAGGAACUGUCAGUGCUCACAUUAAUUUUGAUAUGGACAUCAACGUCCGGCUGGAGACGGAGAAGCGGACAUACACAGUAGGUGAACCAGUGGAGUUCCGGUGUAUUUUGGAGGUACAGAAUGUUGCCAAGAGGCACUUCUCCAUCUCAUGGGCCUUCAACAGCUCCCUGAUUGCUAGUUUUGGGGCUAAUGCUGUGCCAGUACUUAAUAAUGAGUUUGCCCAGCGUGAAGCUUUGGGCCAACUGAAAGUGUCCAAGGAGAGUGACAGUGUCUAUAUCCUGAAAAUCUACCGACUCCGCCUAGAAGACAGUGGAAAGUACAACUGUCGAGUGACGGAGCGCUUGAAGACAUCAACUGGCGAAUUCAUUGAUGGAGAGAGCAAACGACCAAAGAACACACCCAUCACAGUGCUUCCCCUUAAGACCAAUAUUUCAGUGGAGGUGACCAACAACGCCCCCAGUGUUCUAGAAGGAGAGAGCCUACGUUUUGGUUGUAAUGUGCGCACAGGGUUUAGACCCCAAAACCGUCUUUCUGUCACUUGGCAACUCGUGGACAAACAGAACCGUCGCAGUGACAUCGUCCAGCUUGAUCGGGACGGGACGCUUCAUCCAGGCCUUUCUUACACUGAGCGCAGCAGCUACGGUGGGAUUCAGAUGGAGCAGGUACAGCCUGGAUCCUUCACACUUGAAAUCUUCAACAGCCUCAAAGCGGAUGAGGGCCAUUAUGAGUGUCGCAUCACAGAGUGGACGAGAAGACUGGAUGGGGAGUGGCAGAUGAUUGGGGAGCGGCACAAUGGCUCUGCAGUAACCAUCAAUGCACUGGAUGCCGGUUUUGCAGUUACAGCCAUCUCCCGCACCCCUGGAGUGACCUAUAAUGAGUCGUUUGAUUUACAAUGCAUCAUCAAACCACAUUACCCAUCGUGGGUCCCGGUGUCUGUGACAUGGCGUUUUCAACCAGCAGGCAGCACAGAAUUUCAUGAUCUGGUCACCUUUACUCGAGAUGGAGGUGUUCAGUGGGGAGAUAAGUAUAUCGGGUUCCGAACUCGAACAGCCAUUGAGAAAGCAGAGUCCAGUAACAACGUGCGCCUCAGCAUCAGCAGGGCCAGUGACACAGAGGCAGGCAAGUACCAAUGUGUGGCGGAGCUCUGGCGGAAGAACUAUAACAGCAGCUGGACACGACUGGCAGACAGGACCUCAAACCUCCUGGAAAUCAGGGUUUUGCGGCCUGUGACGAAGUUGCAGGUCAGCAAAUCCAAGCGGAGCGUCACUCUUGUGGAGAACAGGCCCAUCCCCCUCAACUGCUCUGUGAAGUCUCAGACCAGUCCGGACUCCCACUUUGCUGUCCUGUGGUACGUCCACAAGCCAGCGGACACCGACGGCCGGCUCAUCCUGAAGACCACCCACAACUCCGUGUUUGAGUACGGCACCUACGCCGAAGAAGAAGGGCUGAAGGGAAGGCUGCAGUUUGAGAGGUCCUUGUCCGGAGGCCUCUUUAGCCUCACAGUGCAGAGGGCACAGGUCAGCGACACGGGCAGCUAUUACUGCCACGUGGAGGAGUGGCUUCUCAACCCCAACCACGCCUGGUAUAAGCUGGCAGAGGAGGUUUCGGGCCGGACUGAAGUCACAGUCAAGUUGCCAGAAAACCUUCUGGAGGUAAACCAGAGCCUGAAGAACCUCACAAUUCUAGAGAACGAGUGGGUGACUUUGGAGUGUCUGGUCACCAGCCGGAGCAGCCAUGCCUCCCACUUGUCAGUGGCGUGGUUCAGGUGGAAACCUGGCCGCCCAGAGAGAGACGAAGUUGUGAAGCUGAGCCGCCAGGCCACUGUCUUGUAUGGAGAACCAGCAGCAGCAAGUGACCUGAAGAGUAGGCUGCGCCUGGAAAGCCCCUCCCCGGGCCUGUACCUGCUCACCAUUCAGAACAUGACCGUUCAGGACAGUGGCGUCUACAGCUGCCGUGUGGAGGAGUGGCUGCUGGAUCCCACGAACACGUGGUACAAACGGGCAGAAAGCCUCUCCGGGCUGACCACCAUUGUGGUGAAGCAACCAGAUGCCUCUUUGCAAGUGGAUACAACAAUGGCCAACCUGACAGUGCCGGAACAGGGGCAUUUUCAUUUGGAUUGCACCAUCCUGUCCGUCUCCAGCCAAGAGUCCCGCUUUGCUGUGUCGUGGGUCAUCCUGAAGACCAAAGGCAGAGACGGGCGUACCAGCCGCAACAAGGACGGAGAAGAGAAGGUGGUCUUAUUGAGAGUGGGCCAGGAUUCCAUCUUCAGCCCGGAAGCUAGCCCCUGGGAAGGCAGGCUGCGCUUUCAGAGGCUCUCGACCACGCUCUACCGACUGACUGUAUUGCAGGCAGGGGCUACGGAUGGUGGCAAUUACUCAUGCCAUGUGGAAGAGUGGCUGCCUGACCCCAGGGGUGUAUGGUACAAACUGGCUGAAGAGGAAUCUGGCCCCAUAUCAGUUUACGUACAAGAUACAGGCUCCUCUCUGCAGUCUGUCACCUGCUCCAAUGAUGCCCUCUUCUACUUUGUGUUUUUCUACCCCUUCCCCAUCUUCGGCAUUCUCAUCAUCACCAUCCUCCUCGUGCGGUUCAAGAGCAGAAACUCCAGCAAGAAUUCCGAAGGCAAGAACGGGGUCCCCUUGCUGUGGAUCAAAGAGCCACAUCUCAACUACUCGCCCACUUGCCUGGAGCCACCCGUUCUCAGCAUCCACCCGGGGACUAUAGAUUAAAAGAGGAGAGGCUUCAGGGAGGAAAAGAGAGGUGAAGACGCACCUGGAACCCAAAGGAAGUGUGUGUGUGUGUUGUCUGUCUGUUUCAGCAUCUGUACUUUGGAUCCUGACG